AUGAAGGUCACGGGUCCAUUCUCAGUUCCUGAUCUCACUGGUCGUUAUUAUCAAGCAGAGGGAUUUAUGCCAGGUGCCUAUGAAGUCAAGUUUGCCAUUGAUACCAACGACAAUGAUGGAGAAGGUUUGCUUUGGUUUAAGGGAAAGUACAAUGUACAAAUUAAUGCAUGUGAAGGUGAAUGUGGAGCUCAUCGACCACAUAGUCGUUUGAUUGCUCAAGCGAAUACUUAUUUCAACUUGACUGAUCCAAUUCAUUAG